UCCAGUCUGCUGCAGAGAAUGGCGAUCAUCCAACUUUUGCUGCUGACGGCCUUUGUUAUGACAAAUUUUCCGGAAUCCAAGAGUUUAUCACAAGCAAAAAAGAAAACAUCAUGUGGGAUCCGUCGUCUGAACGCAUUUGACAUGUUGCUGACCUGCUACUUCCACGUCAACAUUAGUGCUCUCCAGAUAGACUUCGCUGUGUAUCUCGAUAAAGGAGAACAAAGCCCAAGGGUGGUGGCAGAUUGCAUGUGGACUCCGAAACUCGAAUGUUUGGUGGAUAAUGGGUACAAGUACGAGGACGACAUUGUUGUUUACCAUGAUCACAUCAACAUCCGGAUACUCAACGCUAACACCGAGCAUGUUGGGACAUACACCUGUCAGAUGAUGGGCGAGAGCGAUUCUGGAAAUUGCAAUCUUAUCGAGGAAAAACUUACACAGACUUUGCCUUCAGUCAUUCCGUACACAGGGCAGACCUCUAGGACUAAUAACGCGUCAACACCAGCAACCACAUCUUUAGUCUCUGACGACCGACAGACACAAAGUGCAGAUGAGCAGAGCUCAGCCACUAGUGAGGUUGGUUCUGCUAAAGGUAUGUUUAUUACAUUUUACGAUGUUUAUUACAUUUACGAGCAUGAUGUGUUAAACAGUAUUAAUUAUUCUUGUAAUUUGCGAACUUGCGAUCUUACAGAAGAACCCAUAUCUUUCAACCAGUUAUCAGUUAGACAGGGCAAAUAGACAGUAUAACCACAUAUAACAGUAUAACAUAAAACUGAUAAAUCACUAGACCGAUACCCACCCACAUAGUGUCUUGGCGGAGAGGAAGGACCAUUUCUCUUACUGUCUUAUCAUGUUUACAAUGAACUCUUUGU